AUGCAAGAAACCGUUACAAACACAAACGAGAGGAAAUCUCUAUUUUCUUCAUUCCUAGAGGUCCUAGAGGCGCGGGAAAAGCAAGCCCAGGCUGAUAGACAGCUUCAGGAAGAAAAAUACCAGAGAAGAACUCAACGAAUUUAUGAUUUUCAUGACCGCCAACAGCGCGAUGCGGUGGAACUGCGCCGCUGCCUGGACUACGUGUCGCAGCACGCGCACGUGCUGGAGUCCGUGCUGCGCAGCGCGGCGGGCUCGGGCGAGGUGCCGCUGUCGGCGGCGCUGGUCCGCCAGGCCGCCGCGCUGCAGCGCUGCAUGGCGCAGUGCGUGGCCAACGCCUCCAGGAUUCGCCAUCUGCUCACGGCCGCGCACCAGCCGCAGAUGGACACCAUGCUCGCUAAAAUGGAAGCAGAGCUCAGCACCUGGACGUCUUUCCUGCAACGCGCGGUGGAAGCCACUUACAAUACAGAAGUGGUAAUAGACAACCUACAAAACCUUGUCGCGGAGCAGAAGCGCUGCGUGCGCGAGGUGUCGUCGAGCAGCGUGUUCACGUCGCUGUGCGGCGCAGGUGGCGCUGGCGGCGCGGGCGCAGAGGCGGCGGCAGGCGCAGAGGGCGCGCACUCGCCGGCCGCGCGCCGCGCGCUGGCCGCCUGCAGCACGCCCAUCGCGCGCGAC